AUUUUGAUAUUUUUGUUAAAUGCAAUAGGUGCUUAUCUUUUCCAAUAAAAUAUCCUGUCAGUUUAUAUUCUAUUUGCGGAUUUUGGGCCAAAUAUGAUAUGAAUAUUUAUAUACCAAUUCAAACCGAUAAUGAUAUAUCCUUGGCCAAAUCUUCAGAUACAGAUAUCUUAGAGACGGCACUUAAAAAUAUUUUUAAUUUGUCAGAAUAUCGAGAAUAUCAAGGAGAAAGUAUUGAAUCUUUUAUUAAUGGGCAUAAUACACUUAUGAUUUUAAAAACUGGAGGUAUUCCUGCUGCAGCCUUUUAUACUUCAUCUGAACAACCUCCUGAACUACAAGAAAAAAUUUUUGGAGAAUUAGCUUCAGGAUUAACAAAAAUAUUAUUAAUUACACCUAAGAAAUAUAUAUUGAAUAUGAAAUUUAGAAACAUGUUAAAAAAAAUCAAUUAUUUGAGAGGAUUACAAUUUGUCAUUGACAAAGCACACUGCAUCAAAGAAUAUGAAUAUUUUAGGCCUGAUCUUAAACUUGAAAUAAUUUCAAAACCACACGAAAAAGAAAAACUAAUACAAGCUAUCAUUUUAGUUAUUGACUCUAUAACAAAUAGAAUAUAUCAUAGUAGUAUGAAAAGUACAGAUUGUGAUAUAACUUUAAAAUUAUGGAAAGAUGGUGAAAUUAGAUUUAUGUCUGCAACAAAUACUUUUAGAAUAGAAAUUAAUAUAUCAGACAUAAGGGCUAUAAUACAUACUAUAUUUCCAAUGUCUCUUGAUAGCUUUAUUCAAGAAAUAGGCCAUGCAGGCCAUGAUGAUAAUGGUGAACGUAAUAUCAUAUUUUUUUCUCGAGCUGAUCUUCAUACUUUGACACUUAUUCUCUAUGGUGGGCAUAAAAGUAUACAAGAAAACAUUAAAAUAUCUCAAGAAUUUGAUGAAUCAUCCAUACAUUAUUGUGAGAACAAACUUGAAUAUAGACAACAACUAGCAUAUCAAAUUUUUACAUGGCCUAAAGAUCCUGAUAUUCCGGAGUGUUAUAACUGUAAUAAUUGUUGCCGAUGUAAAACCAUUUCUACUGAAUGGUGGAAUGUUAGCAAUGAGUUAUUACGAAUCUCAAGAGAUGAUAUCGCUAAUUGUUUUAUGGGUUUAAAAGGAAAAAAUGCAGUUAGUAAAGAUCUAAGUUCUAUAGAAGGUUAUGGAGUCUCAUCUGAAAGUUGUUCAAUUUUCAACGAAGAUUGCUUAUAUUUGAUCGAUUUAUUGAUCUUAGUAGAGAUUAUUACCAAAGAGGUUGAUAUCAAGUAUUAUAAAGAAGCAAAAUCAUUAUCAUAUUCAUCUAGUUUGGUAGGUUUAAAGGAGAAUGCAUUAAAUUUUAUAUCUACUUUAGAAUAA